GCGUUUUUGUCUAAACACUUAUUGGCGCUUGAAGGAACUAUGAAGAUUGCAUCUUCUAAAAUAGAAAACGUUGUCCUCCCGGAUGCUAUAAAACUCUCGGAAGCUAUAAAAACUAAAGAUAGCAUACAUGGCAACGGUGAUGACCAUUUAUUUGUACAUCUAGUGCAGUCUAAAGACACAGAAGAACGAAUAAAAAACACGGAAGAGUUUUCGGCGGAAGAAAAUUGGAAAGGAACUGUCCUGCCCAUAAAAAAGCGGAAAAGAAGUUCCUAUUUAGAAAAAAAUUCGGAAUGGUUGGAAAUGAAUUUAAACGAAAGCGUUAGAUCAUUAGCUAUAAAUAUUAUAAGAAACGGCAGUUGUCCAGAUUUAAAAACAGUUAAAAUUGAAGGACUACAAUACAUAUUCACCAAUACUUGUGGCUUUGAUGCAAUUGUACAUCUCAUAGCUUGUAAUUGGUGCGAUUAUCCUAAUAUGUCAAAUAUUUUUAAGUUUCAAGAAACGCGCUUAGGAAAAUUAAUUGAAAUGUGUUUCAAAACAAUCAACACAAAAUUGUAUAAACUUAGAGCGGAGCUUCUUUUAGAUUUAUUCAAAAAAACAGUAACACAAUAUUCACAUAAUUUAAUUCAAAUUGACACACAAUCCACAAUUGAGUACCUAAUUAGGUCUCUUUGUCAAAUGGGCGAAUUGCAAUAUUCGUUAACGGAGAAACGCUUUUGCAAUCAAUGCAAUAGAGUAAAACUUUUAACAUCUCCGGAUAUUCCAGUUGCUCCGCAUCUAAAUUUAAAUAUUGUUAAAGAACUACAUGAUGUUUCACAAACAAGAAAAUGCACCAACACAGACUGCGACAACUAUCUCCAAUUGUACAUACGAAUACAAUGA